UGCAUGUGUGGUUUGAAUGUGCAAGCAUUUGUGUGUGGUGUGUUCUGGAGUUUGGGAAUGUGUUUUGUGUUAUUUUUGUUUGAGCAGGGAGGGAAUCUUUGUGCUUAUGGGGUUUCCUUGGUUGGGGACUCUCUUGGGACCUUCCCUCUCGUUCCUCUCUUUCUAUCCCAACCUUUUCUCUUGCUCCUCAAAAAAAUUCCUUGUGAGAUUCUUGAACUUUGAUUGAACUCUUGAGAUUGAGUUAAGUUCUCCUCCUACAGCUUACCCCCUAGUGCGUCGAAAGCCAUAGCGUCGCGAAUACUCCAUCAAUCAACAUGAUUUAAAUUGGGAACGGUAGCUGAGAUUAAGAGCUACAACAUAUCCGAGUUUCGCGACAUUCCAACAGCUAGUUUUUCAUCGACGUCGUUUCUUGUGAAGACGACUUUUCUGUCCAGAAUUUCGGAUUUAUAUUUUGAGUAAUUCUAGCUCCUAAGUUCACCUAGACUCCGUCCUUAAUCCUAACAAGUGGUAUCAGAGCAAUAUUAAAGACAUUGAGAGGAGUCUACAGAAGUUUGAAGACCCUUGUAGACCCACCAUGGCCUGUGGGUGUGCCUAAGUGGUGUUCUAAAGGUUGGAUGUGUCUUCCGCUAAGGGGAAACUCUGCCGAAAUUUCGUGGACGCCGACACUUGUGAAAAUAUCGAGGGAGCUGAGUGUGGACAGCAAAGGGGAGCUGAAAUUCGUCAUUUCUCAAGGAGAAGAUGAAUGAGAGAGGAGGAGAUGCUAAUGGAAGAGGAGCUGUAGCUGAGAAGACAAGUGAGCCGCCGCCAUCAAAAGUUGAAGCUUUGGAUGGCUCCAACUAUGAGGAAUGGAGCGGGCGGAUGAGGAGUGCCUUCAAACGCUACAAGCUCCUGAAGAUUACUGUUGGGGAAGAGAAGAUGCCGGAGGAAAGCGAAGCACGCGAACGGUGGAUUGAGAAAAGCGCGGUGCUUUUCGACCUCAUCCUUCAAUCGGUCAACAAGGAGAUGUUCGAGCACAUCAAGGAUCUUGUGGAAGCGGAUGAUUCGGGUCCAAGGGCGUGGAAACUACUACGUGAUCAAGAUCAAUGGACACCUGAGUGGCUAAGGCAGCAGAUUCUGCAGGAGGACUUCCGCAGACGCCAUAUGGGAGGCGGUGCUGCCACUAAGACUGCUGAGGGGUAUGGAGCUGCAGGGCGCGGCAGAGGAAGAGGGGGUUGGAGAGGCCGAGGCCGUGGGAGGAGCUUUGGCAGAGGUAGAGGCCGAGGUGACUAUAAUGAGGGGCAUGGAAGCUCCAGUGGCAGGGGGAGUACCAGAAUGGAGGGCACCUGCUGGUACUACAAGAAGGUCGGGCAUCCUUGGUUCAAGUGCUUCAGCAGGCCGGAGGGAUGGGCACCUCCAGGCAUGAAGCCGCCCAGUGGUGAACGCGCACAAGGUGGCGCUGUGCAAGGCUCAGGUGCACAAGGUGAAGGUGCACAAGGAAAUGCCUAUCCUGGUUUGUUUCUUAUGGUUGAGGAUGUGCAUGGGCAUGAGGGUGAUGUGGGAUCUGUGGGAAAGGUUGUGAUGCACCCUCUCACACACUGGGUGAUUGAUUCAGGUUGCACCAGUCACAUGACCCCACGGUCAGAUUUGCUUGAUGAGGUAAAACCCCCUGGGAAGAUCAAGUAUGUGGCAGCAGCGUCAGGUGCUUUGCUCCCUGUCAUUGGUGUUGGAAAUGCCAAGGUUAAGGGAGCUAAUGGGGAGGUUGUGGGGCUUGGGAAUGUUCUGCUGGUUGAAGGCUUGUCUGCUAACCUUCUCUCUGUGCGACGACUGCAGAAGAGCAAGGCCGAAGUGACCUUUGGACCAACCAGCUGCCGUGCUAAGCUUGGGAAGAAGGUGCUGUGGAGUCUGGAAGAGGAGACCAGCUGCAUCAAGGACCUGUGGCAGCUGCCCAUCAUCCCAUGGAAUGGGAAGACUCCAACAGCAGCAACGGCAGCAGCGGCAAAGGCAACAGCAGGAGGAGAUGCAACUGCACCAACUGAUGGGGUCCUGGAAGCAGUCAAGAAAGUGCAGCAGCAGCAGACACAUGGUGAGGUGCUUGCUGGUGUGGAUGCGAGUGCGGCAUGGGCUAAGGCUUCAUCAAAGAGUGGAGAGGCCGAUUGGGAGACAUGGCAUGAGAGGCUGUGUCAUGUGAACUUCCCUAUGCUGCAGAAGUUGGUGAAGGAUGGGAGCCUGAAGGGCUUGGAGGUGAAAGGGGGAGUGAAGGAGAUUGGGAGCUGCCCUACAUGCUUGGAGACCAAGUUCUCCAAGUUCCCCUUCAACAGCACUACAGGACCAGCCAAGACCCCACUUGCACUUGUGCACAUGGAUGUGGUGGGGCCCACAAGAGCCCCUUCCCUCUCAGGCAGCCGCUAUUUUUUGACAAUUGUAGAUGACCACACUCGGGCAGUGUGGGGUUACCCUUUGAAGAGCAAGGGGGAGGUGGCAGCGGCUGUCCUUAAGGAGUGGAUGCCUAGAGCUCAGAGGGAAUGCGGACACAAGGUGAAGGUGAUCCGUAGUGACAAUGGUGGGGAGUUCAUUGGAGCUGAUUUUGAGGGGGAGUUGAAGAGGAAGGGGAUCCAACAUCAACUGACAGUGCCCUACAACCCGCAGCAGAAUGGCGUGGCUGAGAGGUUCAACAGGACCCUGCAGGAGGGGGCACGCACUCUCCUUGGGCGUGCAGGGCUGCCUGAUCCGUUUUGGGUGUCUGCACUGAGGCAGGUCGCCCUUGUGAAGAACAUGGUGCUGGCUACAGUUGGAGAUAAGGAGUGGAUCCCAUAUGUCAAGUGGUAUGGGAGUGCUCCAGCUGUGAACAUGCUGAGGGCAUUUGGGUGCAUGGUGGUGUUUCAUGUGCCUAAGGAGAAAAGGGGGAAGUUGGAGGCUUCUGGAAGAUGGGGUGUGCACUUGGGGAUUGCAAAGGAUCACAAGGGGUGGCUGCUAUGGGACUUGACCACCCAGAAGUUGACAGUGUCAAGGGAUGUGAAGUUUCUUGAGUCCCUGUACUACAAGGAAUGGAAGCAGCAGCAACAGAAGCUUCCAUCUACACCGCUCAUUGUGGAGGCAGAUGAGGUGCAGCAGCCUUCAAGACAGGUGGAGGUUGCAGUGUCAGAGGAGGAGAUGUCUGGGGUGACUGAGGAAGGGGGAGCAGCUGAAGUAGAGCAGCAACAGCAGCAGCAGCAGCAGCAUGAGUCUCCACCUCGAGUUCCACACCCGCCUGAGCGACCUAGGAGGGAUGUGCGCCCUCCAGUGAGGCUGACCUAUGGGGGAAGAGGCAAGCCGAAUGUGGUGCAGGCUGGGAGUGUGGUUGAGCAGAUUGAGGAAGAUGAGAUCGCUCACUGCUACUGGGCACCAAUCCCUGAGCCCAAGACUCGAGAGGAGGCUUUGAAUGGACCAAAUGGGGAGAAGUGGAAGGCGAGUGAGGAUGAGGAGUUCGGGUCCCUAAUUGAGAACGAGACAUGGGACCUGUGUGACUUGCCUCCUGGAAAGAAGGCAAUCACUUCCAAGAUGAUCUACAGGCACAAGUAUGGACCUGAAGGGGAGCUGACCCGCUACAAGUCUAGGCUUGUGGCACGGGGGUUUCAGCAGACAAAGGGGAAGGACUAUGAUGAGGUGUUUGCUCCUGUGGGGAAAGGAACAACACUGAGGGUGCUGUUGGCGAUAGCUGCACUCCUGGGAUGGAAGAUUCGGCAGAUGGAUAUUGUGACUGUCUUUCUGAAUGGGAUCAUUAUGGAGGAGGUGUACAUGAAGCAGCCAGAGGGGCUGGAUGACGGGAGCGGCAGGGUCUGCAGGCUGAAGAAGGCCAUCUAUGGCCUUAAGCAGGCGCCUCGUGCAUGGUAUCACAAGUUGGAGGAGGCGCUGUUGGCUGGGGGUUUCAAGAAGAGUGAGUGUGACCCCAGCCUGUUCCUGCUGCAGGAGAAGGAUGAAAUCCUCAUGCUCUUGGUGUACGUGGAUGAUAUCCUUCUCUUUUCUGCAUCAACUGCUUUGCUGGACAGCGCAGAGCAGAUGCUGGAGAUGCAGUUCAAGUGUUCCAAGAUGGGUGAGGUGAAGUACUACUUGGGGAUGCAUGUGGAGAGAGAUGUGGAGAAGGGUGUGCUGAGGUUGCACCAGAAGAAGUACUGUGAGGGGCUGGCUGAGAAGUAUGGGCUGCAAGAUGGGGGAAAGCCAGCAACACCACUACCUUCAGGGUUUACUGUGGGGCCAUGUGCUGAUGAGGAGGUAGUGGGUAAGAGUGACAGGAAGCUGUUUCAUUCGAUGGUUGGGUCGCUGAAUUAUGCUGCAAAUCAUACACGGCCUGACAUUGCAUUUUCUACAUCACGGUUGGCUAGUGUGGUCUCACGCCCUAGUCAUGAGCAGCUGGAAGCGGCCAAGAGCUUCAACUCAGUGAAAGCGGAUGGCACCAGCAUUGGGGGUUAUGUGUGCUUGCUAGGAGGUGGUGCUGUGAGCUGGCGCAGCAAGAAGCAGAAUGAGGUGGGAUUGUCCUCAUGUGAGACUGAGUACAUGGCCUUACACCAUGGGGCCAAGGAAGUGGUAUGGCUGAGGCGUUUGUUGGAGGAGUUGGGAGUUGGUCAGGAGGAGCCGACAGUUGUGUUCUGUGACAAUGAGUCUGCUGUGAAGCUCGCCAAGAAUGCUUGUCUGCAUGGGCUGACAAAACACAUAAGGCCUAAGUGGCACUGGGUGAGGAGACUCCUUGAUAAGGAGGUGCGGCUGGAGAUAGUGAAGACCCAUCAGCAGGCAGCAGAUAUUUUCACUAAGCGUCUCGCGGAGGCGGAUCAUUGGAAGGGCAUGAAGCUUGCUGGGAUGAGUGUGCAUUGAGUAUGCAUGCUUGAGAUGUUGGUAUGGUGGAUGAUGGUUGGCAGCCAGAGGGGGAGAUUGUUGUGUGAUGUCAUCAUAUGCUAUCACAUUCUGUCUGCCUCCCAUCCCAUGUUUUCAACUUGCAUGUGUGGUUUGAAUGUGCAAGCAUUUGUGUGUGGUGUGUUCUGGAGUUUGGGAAUGUGUUUUGUGUUAUUUUUGUUUGAGCAGGUAUUUGUGAUGAUAGAUCUUGAGAAGAUCUUUCCGACGCAACAAGAAUCGCUUCAAUCGGAGCAAGAACGCGAAAGCUAUGAAGAUUCAAAGUUCAUGAGCUUGCGUUACAAUUGCGGCGGUUACAAAGUGAAGUUGUGGGGGACAAAUGUCAAAAUUGGGGUUCCUAUAGGGAGGGAAUCUUUGUGCUUAUGGGGUUUCCUUGGUUGGGGACUCUCUUGGGACCUUCCCUCUCGUUCCUCUCUUUCUAUCCCAACCUUUUCUCUUGCUCCUCAAAAAAAUUCCUUGUGAGAUUCUUGAACUUUGAUUGAACUCUUGAGAUUGAGUUAAGUU